UACCCUGCGUACGCCGUGGCAUCAGCACGCACCGAAACCGAGUUCCAAUCCAAACCCAAAUCCAAAUCCAUAUCCGAUUUGAUACCAUAUAUAUAUUUCCCAUCGAAAGCGAAAUCUCAAAACUCAGCGCCAUGGAGUUCAACAAUCGUCUGCUGCUUAAAAUCAUUGAGUUGGCCAUUGCCAUUUGCUGUAUUGUGAUGUAUGAGGUGGUGGGAGCCUUAUCCUCUCGUCCCCUCAUCGUUUGUGGCACCAUUGGUGGCUUCACAAUCAUCUGUGGUGUUCUGCUGAUUGGCCAUGUGAUCAACUCGUUGGUGGAGAAGCGUCUAAAUGCUUUGAUCUCUCUGAUUGGCUGCGUGGCCUUUGUGGCCUCUGGAGCUUUGGUGAUUGAUGAGUGGCAUGAUGCCAUCCUGCAGAGUGACAGGAAGCGUAAUGCCAUUGCUGCAGGCUCCUUGAUGAUCAUCAAUGGAGCUGUCUUCCUACUGGAUACCCUUUCCAUUUGCCGAACGUAAAGAUUCUACUCAAAACCAGAACUUCAUCGUCAGCUAAAUGCGCUUUAAAUAUGUAUUUUUUUUUGGCAAAUCGAAUAACUCAUUAAGAGAGAAAAGAAGAAUCUAAUAUAUAUAUAUAUAUAGAGGUAUAUAUAUGUAAAUGGGGCAAUGGGAAAAUUAACUAUACAGGAGUCUUUAUUAAAACUGAAUAAGUAAGAGAGAUCUAUACAGUUUUUAUAAAGAUUUAUGAUCUUCUCUUAAAAUUGUCUAGUAACUUUCCUGUUGCCUUAUAUAUACUUUUAUAUAUACCUAAUUUUUUUUUAUAAACAUUCAUAUUUUUACAUGUGCCUAUGUAUAUGUUUUGUAUGUGUAGCACUUAAGCUAAUCUCAGAUUUAUGCACGCCGCAAAAGAUUCCUAUCGAAGGGAGCUGAAGAACCUCAGAUUAUUAUAUUUACAGGAAUCCAUUAAAUAUAUAUACAUAUAUAUCUGUAUAUGCGCACACAUCUACAUGCAUCUCUUUGUUGGCUAUAUCUGUACCUGUAUCUGUAUCUGUAUCUGUAUCUGUAUCUGUAUCUGUGGUUAUUAUAUGCUAAGCAUCUUGGCCCAUGUCUUACAUCA